CGGGGCGGAGCUGCGCUUGCUGCAGGAACCUGCCCUUUAAGAGCCGCCUCCCGCAGCUGCUCAACCCUGAGCCGCGCCCGGCGCCGCCAUGGUCUCUUGGAUAAUCUCUCGCCUCGUGGUGCUGAUCUUCGGCACCCUCUACCCCGCGUACUCCUCCUACAAGGCCGUGAAGACGAAAAACGUAAAGGAAUAUGUGAAGUGGAUGAUGUACUGGAUUGUGUUUGCCUUUUUCACCACUGCAGAAACACUCACAGACAUUGUUCUUUCUUGGUUUCCUUUUUAUUUCGAGCUGAAAAUCGCAUUUGUGAUUUGGCUGCUCUCCCCUUACACCAAGGGCUCCAGUGUCCUCUACAGGAAGUUUGUGCACCCAACGCUCUCCAAUAAGGAGAAGGAAAUUGAUGAAUACAUUACUCAGGCUUGUGACAAGAGCUAUGAAACCAUGAUGCGAGUUGGCAAGAGAGGGUUAAACCUUGCUGCCAAUGCAGCAGUUACUGCAGCUGCAAAGGGCCAGGGAGUUUUGUCUGAGAAGCUUCGAAGUUUCAGCAUGCAGGAUCUCACUCUGAUCCGAGAUGAAGAUACUGUGCAUAUGCGGAGCCGUGAUCCACAGCUGCACCCCUCUGGGGCGAGUCUUCUGGAAACCAUUGAAGAUUCAGCUUCCUGUUACUCCUCAGGAGAGGAGAGCAGUGUGGCACAUCGGUCUAACGGAACCCCAUCAGAUACUAGAACAGACCCAUCAGAUGAAGAUGCAGGAGACAAACUUCCUAAACGUACCCAGAGUCUCAAAACUCCUAAAAAGGUGGUGAAAGCUGAGCUUCCAGUAAGAAGUGUAAAAGCCCGCCCUAAGAAGAAAGCUGCUGGCUCUCUUGCUUCUGGCGAGUCAUCCUAAGGCGACCUCCCCCUCCCCAGCACCUGUCUCUGUCCUGGGAUUUGCCUUUCACUUUUAUGGGGAAACUCUCCAAAGGAAGGGAGCUGAGAUUCUUGUACAUAACAGAUACUGCUUUAUAGAGCUCAUUCCAAGGCAAGGGGGAGGCUGGGAUUCAGAAAGCAGAGUAGAGGAUACAAAUCCUCAGGAAUUUUCUCCUUUUCAUCUCUCUGUUGGAGGGAAUGCUGAUAUGUCUGUACAUAGCCAGUUGCUUUGGAAUUCCCACUGUAUAACCCUAGUUGAGAAUUCUUUGCUGGAAGAACUGACUAGGGUUAGAGACAUCCAUUGCACAGAAGCUGGAAAAAUACUAGACACUGGAGUUCCACAGGGUGGGUGGCUCCCUAAAAUAUCUUAUCUUGCUCUGGGUAUUCUUCUGCAGCUGUGUGUUGUUAAGAAGUGCCCACCAUGAGGCAUAUUCCUUAAGAAUGGACCAUACCUGAUGUGUCCAUCCCCUUUGAGAAAGUGACUGAAGUGAUGUAUGCUGAGUGCUUUUGAACAUAAAGGAUUGGCUCAUGGGAGGUAUAUGCUAGAUUCCCAUUACUCAUACUGGAAGAUGAAGAGAUUGGUUUUUAUUUUAUUUUUUCUGGAAGGUGAAGGGAGAUAACUGGAAAAAUUAAUAAAGGAAAUGUGCUAUUACAUGCACAUUAUAUGAUGGAGUAGGUAGGAGUUACUGUUGAGAAGGAAAGUUUGGCAUCUUUAAGAUUUUGGCUCUUUUUGAAGCUGCUCGAAUUUUAUUUCAGGUUCUAAUGCUCACUUUGACUCCUAUGAGAGCAUCAGAAUGAGGUGAGUCCCAUGCAGUCCCAUGGCAAGCGUACUCGCUUUGCCAUUUAGUGGUUGAACUCAUGUCAUUUUGUUGCUUGUUACUGCAGUCAAAUUCUUUUAUUCUAGCAGAUGACUGGGGAAAAUCUGUCUCAAAAUAGUCUGUGGUCAUACUUAAGAAUUUCAGAAGCCCUCACCUCUCAGCUUUAGGAGAUUCAAUCCUCAAGACAUGAGAACUGAAACAGUUGAUUUAUUAACAGCUGAGUUCCGCUAACUUCAGGAUUUCAUGGGGGAUAAAAAGCAGGGACUAGGGCACAGUAAUGUGAUUAAUCAGUACUCUCGCUUUAUCCUGCUGCAGCCCUUGCACAAAUUUUCUGUCUGAUAUUUGCCGUGUUUAUCAGUGUCCUGAGACUUGAGCAAUAUUUAACACUUGGGACAGAAAACUACAAGGAAUGUAGAAUAUGUACUGUGGGAGUGAAAUUGCAGUGCUGCAGAGAAAAUUUGCAUCAUGCCAAGCCCUACUGAUCUCUUGAACAUUGUUGUUAAGGGGAGAUCCCCUGUACACAUGCCAGCUGAGUCAAUGAAAAUUUAUGAUAUUUAUGAGUAGGGUUCUUGUUGUCAAGAUCUAUAAUGAAGGUGCACCAUUAUAGAUGUGUGUCUGAAUGAAUGGUCUUAAUUUUCACUGAAAUUAGUUAUCAAAGGAACCUGAUUCCUACAUGCAGGUGUUUGUGUCCCACAUCUUUAGCUGUCACAUCUCUGAAAUGACAGUGAAUUCUUCACAGAGCCCAGUAUUUUGCUGUUGACAAGGUAUAGAAGCAGUUCUGCAGCUAAUGCUCCACAAGUAUUUCUGUCCCAGAGAACAGCCUUUCAAAAGUUUAUAAAGUUGAGGAUUAGGAUUGAAUUUUUUGUUUCCCAUUGUCUUGGUGGCAAAUUGUUUGCUGUUGAAUUGACCGGUUAUUUCAGGAAGCCAGUUAAGUUGGGUUUACUACUGUUUGUAGCUUUUAAAAAUUUAAGUCUUUACAGACCAUUUUAGAAACUUGCAUCUUGUCAGAAGUAUUUGUUCUAAAUUAUCUAUAAGGCCUUAUCCAGAAACCAGUAGAAAAUCCUUGAUUUGGUUCUGAGUUUCACAAAAAAAACCCAAUUAUUUUGUUCUUUUUUAGUUUAUUAGCAAACUUCAUAUUCAUGUCUUACUAGCACAUGCAAAUGUAUGUCCUGAAGCAGGAAUACUUUCUGUUUCCAAAGGAAAUUCCUCUCUCCAGACAAAAGAUAAAAAUCUUUCAUGAUUAUGUGGAAGAUCCAGUUGUGAGGAAUUGUUGUCCUAGACUUUACUGUACUGACUAAGAGAACCAUUAUUCUCUAUAUACCAAGUAUGUCUAUGACUGUGUUUCUUGAUUUUUUUUUUUUUUUAACUGAAAUUUUGCAAAGCAAAUUAUUUAUGUAAAUCAUUGUGAGGGACUUGAUUUGGAAGCCAAGUCUCCCCUUGUGCUGAUCUUCUUGCCCUUUCCUCGUGCAUGCAUUGUGGUAGUCUGUGAUUACUAGGUUUCCACAGAGUGACUUUCCAGAAUCUUCUCCAGAAUCCAUUUAUUUGUAGUGGCUUUUCUGCUUUGAAGCACAGGAAGAAUUUCUGAAGAUUCGGUUCUGGCAUUCGGAUUUAUCUUUGUCUUCCUGAGUUAGGUCCUGUGCUAAGUAGCUUUUACUUAGCAUUGAUGCUUGAUGUCAUUAGCUUGCGGGUAAAUAUGGGUCAAUUUUACUCUGAGUUUUUUUUACAUGGGGGAAUUGGCUUUUAGUUGCAAGAGUGAGUCUGCGGUAGAGUGAAAGACUAUUAUAUAGUGUGUGAUGAUGAUGUCAAGCUGAUGUGAAGCUGAUGAUGCCAAGCAGCAGAACUUACCCAGAGCAAGAACAGUGUCUCAGCAUAGAUACUGUUUUCUUCUUCUAGUACACAUGUAACUGCUAGAUUGUGCUUUGCUUGAUCAAAGCCACUGCAGAUCUACCACCACCCACGUGACCUCUUAGUGAGUUUCUAGAUAUAGUUCUGCAUUGGAUGGCACUGUCUUGCAUAGAAAUUCUCUUGUUAAUGAGAACGCUGAAUGUGCUGUUUUGAUAAAAUGCUUUUAUCAGCUGCUGUUCGGUAUUUUCAGCAGGAAAUGCUGGAAUGUAGUUUCUCUUCAGUAUCAUCUGUGGGCUUCAUUGUGCAAUUAAGCGACUGGUUAAAUCUUCACCUAGCAGUAGAACCUGUUGUGUUCAGUAAAUGUUUAGAACCUUUUCCUAAUAUGCCUGGCCACAGAGAGAAAUGCAGUAAAAGAAAAUGAUACUUGAAGGUAGGGGCUGAAGAGGAUGGUAUGUGUGUGUCAAACUUUGUGUGCCUAAAAGUUAUCCUAAAAUACCUGUACCAUGAGAUACAAAAUUGAAGCCAUGACUGCCUUUUGAAAAGAAAUGUUCUACUUUCAUGCUUUCUAGUAGUACGAGUCAGUGUUCUGCUGUUGGAAAAGAAAAUAGCGAAAUGUGGUUUCUUGUCUGAGAAAUGUAAUGAUUUGUUGCAGAAAAGGGAAAAAUGUUUUCUUGUUUGGCAGUAAUCCUCCGUGGUGGGUAAGAACAACUGUCAGGUUUUAAACCUUUACACUUUACCUAAACAUCUUUAUUACUUACUUUUUAAAAUUGAGUUUGUGAUUCUCCAGCUUUACAUUUCUGGGACUGAUUCCUUUUAAACUAGAAUAAUCUUCUUGGUAGGUAGAACGUAUACAUAGAGAGGGGUGCUGGUGUUCUUAAAAUUGUGAAGCUUGUUCUGGGGAAGUGUCACCUUUCCUCAUUUCAGUGAAUUGAUUUCUGUUCAUUGUGGUUUUGCAGUGCUGGGCUUUCUUUUAUACAUCCCUCUUGGAAGUACGACUCCCUCACAAUAUAGUUCCUUGAAAAGCAAGAUUUCUAGAGAGCCACAACAUUCCAGAAAUGGUUAUUUACCCUGUGCCAUCUUAAUCAGUAGGAAAUUUAGUGCCUUAAGAGGAAAGUAAGAUAUCUGUGGAGAACUCUGCUGGUUCUCUGAUCUACGCAUAGCAUUGUAUUAAGGAGGCUCACAAGUUAACUGUGAAGAGUCAUUGUAUGCUUGAGAGCAGCUGUUGAAUUGAGCUGAUUUUUCCUUUCUGUCUUCCAAAGUUGCAUAUAACACCGGCAAGUGUGGAUUAUUCCCUAAGAGAGAAAUCUAGGGAAAAAAAUUGUAUUCUUAUCAUGCAUUCUAAUGGGAACACUGUAUUGUCACAUUACUGCUUGCUGAGGAGACGCUGAAUGACAUCUCUGUGUAACUGGUCUGUACUGUAGCUUUUCUUGCUUUAGCCACUAGGAAUUUGUAAUGUGCUAUCUGGCUGAAGCAUCUUGUGGUGCUGCUUUCUGAGUUGUCUUGCAAAGUCCGAUAUGUGAAAAAACAAGAAAGUAUUCUGAAGUUACAUGAGCUUGUAGAACCAUAGCGGUGUUAAGAGUUGGAAGGGACCUCUGGGGGUCAUGUGGUUCAACCUCACGACUCAGGGCCACCCACUGCCAGUUCCCGUGUACUUUUUCUGUUCUGGAACCUACUGAGUUUAAUGUUUAAGAGCUGAUAAUAUGUGCAGAAAUGCAUAUGCUGUAUGGAAAUGCGCUUUAGUGUUACCGAGGAGAAUUGUUUUCUGGUCACCUUUCAUCUGGAAUAUGGCACUGUUGCAAGACACUAUGAACAUAACUCAUGUUCCUUAUAGGUAUUGUUAAAAAGCCUAGAGGCCUCAAAAAAGAUCUUAAGAGGUAUGCAGAGUAAGUUGUGAAAACAGCUGGCUUUAACAGUAAAUUGAGACAGUAACUGCAUAGCAGCUAAGAACCUGUCUUGUGAGAAUUAGAGUAAAAAUUGAGCUGUGUAUAGUACAGAGUUGUCCAGUAAAUACUGCUAACUUCCUGAGCCUUGAGCAACACUUAAACUGUGCAUUCUACAAAUAAGAGCUUGAUUUCUUUUUUGAGCCUGAUUUCUCUCUUAGAGUCAAUCUGUCUCCCUUUCUCCCUCCCUCCUCCCUUUCCUUCUACCCCUCGCCUUCUAAACUGGGCUUGAGCUUCAAACUUUCAUCCCUUCAGAACAAUAAAGUUUGACUUUUAGCUCAGCAAGCAACUGAUCUGCAGGAAGGACCAGGUGAAUACCAAGUAUCUCUCAUCACUUCAUAGAUGUGUUAUGCUGGAGAAGCACUAGCAGGAAGCUUCAGAGGAUAUGUUUGCCUGGGAAAUUCGACCCUCUGCCCCUUGCCAAAGCCUGCGUUUUUGGAUGAACCAGAUGCUGGACUUAGCUAUGCUCAUACAUACAGCUAUCUGUAGAAUCCCAAAAUUCAGUGUCAGAAUUUCCAGUGCUCUGCUUCUGAUGAGAACGGGAAAUAAAAUAAUAUGAAGCAAAAAGAAACAGUGGCAAAUUGGUGGGGGGUUUUUCGGCAACUUCGCAGGUAAAUUUAGGUCAUUGCUGUUUAUAUGCCUAUAAUCUUUGCCUAAAGGCCCUUGCAAGCAAUCUGUUGCUUUCUUGCUGUUUCUGAGCUUCUAUUCUUCUGUGAAUUGGUUAUGUUUUUGAUGUUUACUCUUUUUAAGCAAGGGGUGGCUUCCAUUUUACUGACUGUGGAGACAGGAAAUGUACUGUAUUAGAGCUGUAAUUUAGCCUUUUUUCGUUAUUCAAACCUAUGACCUAGAUUAAUACACGUAAUUUGUACAACAAGGCCUAAGGCUGGAUUCGCAGGUGGAAUCUGAGCAUCUGUUGCAAAGAGCAUAGGUUGAUAUAUUUCCCUUUUCUUGCAGUGCAUUCUGGCUGAAACGUGCUUACUGCAGACCCUUUGGACAAGGGCAUUCUGUCUGCAUUUAGCCAGAUAACGUUAGAAGUAACAUUUAUGGGAAUACUGCAAAAAUAAGUGAACACUGAAGGAGCAAAAGCUCAAGUCUUCUGUAAUAUACUACUGUCUGAGACCAUGUAAAACACUAAAGCUUUUCUGGCAGCAGUGGGAAUACAUUGCUGUACUGACUUACAAAGGUAGGGAAUUCAAUCAUGGUCUUUGUAGCAAGUUUGGAAGGAAAGUAAGUCUAGAUGGCAAGCAUAUAAAUUUUACAUACCAGGGAACUAAGUUUUUAUCACAAGUAAUGCGUAUUAACUUACCAAAAAGAAAGAAGUAAAAAAAAUUUGGUGACUAUAAAAUGGAGAGAAAUUAUCCUGAUCAUCAAACCUAGUACUGAAUAUAGACCUUCUGUGUUCAUGCUGCUGCCUUACUUGGGAAAGCACUGAGUUAAUGGACUCCUCAUUUCUGGCUCUUCUGUUAGAUUAUUUCUCAAAUGUUGUGAAUGCCACGUAGAGAUAAAUGGAAUUUUAAUUUUGGCAUUCAAUCAUGAAUUCAAGUCUAAAUUCAGGCAUGCUGAGCUUUGUCUGGGACAGUGUUGGCUGAAUGACAGCCCAGUAAGAAAGUGGGGAAAGCUGAGACAGAUCUAACCAGGUAAAGACGAUUGAAGGAUCUUACAUGAAGUCCAGAAAUUAGAGAUGCUUGGGUUCGACUCAGCAUUUUAAUGUCAAAGUUCCCAUUAACACAGUGCUGAUCUAAAGGCAGUAUGGCACAAGGACGGCUGUGAAUUCCUUUUUGUCCACCAGAGGGUAUAAGCAUAACAUAAGAUCACUGAACAUGAGCGAGCAGACACGUCUGAUAACGGUUAGUUCAAUUAUGACAGUUGAACAGCAAUAUUUCCUGUGUAUGAAGGUCCUCCUUGGGAUGAGGGGGAAAACAAGCUGGGGCUCUAAUGGAGAAAUAUGAAAUAAUACUGCUGUUAACCUCUGACUGAAAAGUCUAUUUAAGCUUUCUGGGCAUUCUAAUUGAGCUACUAUCCAGUGAGGCUUGCUGAGACAAUAGUGUUACAGAAUAACUGUCCUCACUUUUUUGUUGUUGUAGUUGUACAUUCAAACCAUUUUCUAGCUGCAGGAAGCAGCUGUGAAAACAGCAAUGUUUGUGAUUCCCCCUUUGCCCCACUGCUUUUGCACUUAACCAAUUGCUGGGUGUUGCUCUACUUUAUACUCUGAAUUUUAGUAGUAUUUCCUGGUAAGGAUGAGUAUUUUCUUUCAGUUGGAUCUAUUUUCUAUGAAAAGAGAAGCAAUUUUAAUCUAAAAAUACAGAUGUAUCUAAUGUUACUAUGGUAAUUUGUGACCAUGGCAACAGAGAGUUAGCAUUCUGAAGCACAGACAGAUUUGGUUGGUUUUUUGGUUGGUUGUUUCGUUUUGGUUUUUUAAAGUCAACGACCUAAUUAAUGAUGCACACAUUUCAGGAAAAGAACCUGACUUUUUGUAUUUGUUAACCGUACAAGAUCAUAUGGGUCCAAGGGAUUUUGAUAUUCUUACAUAGAAAAGUUGAUCAAGUGCAGACUGAACGAGCAGACUGUGCAGUGGAGAAAAAACUGGCUUAAUGGCCAGGCCCAAGGGGGAAGAUCAGUCCCAGAAAGUCUAAUCAGAGGCCAGCAGCUAGCAGCAUACCCCAGGGCUAGACCUAUUGUCUUCAUUAAUGUUGGGGCAGAGCAUGCCCUCAGCAAGUUUCCUGGCAAUGCAGAACAGAGGAGUGGCUGAGUCUCCAGAAGGUUAUGCAGGAAGCAGCAAGAGGAACAUAGGUUAUUUUACCUUCACUUUGAAAAUACAUGGAAAUCCUAGUAGGAACAUAAUGAAACAGUAAGAGAUUCUUCCCAAUGUUGAGAAAAUCUUUUAUUUGCAACAGCAGAGAUGGAGACUUGCAGACUGCAGGAGGAUCCAGGACAUACCAGGAGGUUUCUGUAGGAAAGAGGAAUAGAAUCUAGAAUAGUCCUGGGGAUUCUUCAGUGUCAGACUGCGGGGGGGAAAAAACCAAGAAGAAUAAAAUAUAUUCAAUAUGUUUCUAUUUUUCCAUCAUAUGAUCAGAAUUAGGUAAACCAACGCAGUGCUUUUGGGCAGGUGCUAAAUUUCAAGAAUGAGUUGUGGAUUGCCCUGACAUGCCCCAUCCCAAGAGCGUGUACUGCGUUGUAUGAAAUAUUUAGUAAUGAUUUAAAGAGUUAUAAGAAAUUAACUUAUUACUGAGGGAGGCAGGAAUGUGCUUUUGUGGCUAAGCCUUGUAUUUAGUGUAUUUAUCUCUGCCAGUAUAGAGAUAAUGUAAAGGCUCUUUGCUGUCAACACUCAAUGUUGGUUUUAUAGGAAGUAUGUGGAUAUAAGUUUUGCCAAAGCCAAGCCACAGAUUUUUCCAAGCUUUUUGUUUUUCCUAGGCUCUGUUGGGGAAUCUAGAAACUGAAUGGAAAUUAUAACAUUGCUGCUAUCACUUGCUUAUUUGGGGCAAUGAAUAUAUUGAAUUAAGUAGAAUUAAGCAGCAUUUAACAGCUUCAUCUUUGUAAAAGCCACCUGUUGUGACUAUUCUCUAUUUACCACAAGAAUGCAGUAACUGAUGCAUGGAGCCAUUAUAGUGCAGGAAGGCUAUUACCUCCGAAAAGGGAAAGCAGAGAAAAGGCCAACCCAAACGGGGAGUACGUUCAGCUAGUGCAGUCUCCUGUCUCUGGUACUGCUCAGUCUAUUUGAUGACCAGAGGGCAGUCUGGAAUUAAACACACAUUGGAAAAUGCCUUGUCAUGACACUGUCACCUUUUUACCCGUGUGCUGAAGCACGGUGGUGUUAAAUGACUGGGUUAAUGGAGUUUUCCUGGGAGGGAGAGUUGUUUGGAUUCUGUCACUAAUUUUUUGUAGUCAUUAGGUUUGGUUACUUGCUGUAGUAUAAUGACUUGAAUGCACAAAACUUAAAUCUUGUGUUGUGCUUGCUUUAAUACCUGGACUCUUCCUAGGUGUCUUUUAACAUUCUCUUUUUUGAAGAACCUAUUUUAAAGGGCCCAUUGCUUAUCUUCCAUUUCUACCCAGAGUAUAAUAUAAAUGGUUUUAUCAAUGCAGAUGUGCUCUCAUUCCAUAGGGUGGCAACUAAUCCUUAUUUCUCUUCUCAAUUAUUUUGACAUUUCCACUAGAAGUAGCUUUCCUGGAAAAGUUCCCUUCUGAGGCAUCAGGGUCAUAAACACGGAAAGACAGCCCUUCUAUUGGGGUUAAAAAGCAUUUGGAAAAGCUCAUUAUAUUCAGGCUGUGUCAACUUGCUGAAGAUUGAUGAUGAGACCAAAAAGGCAUCAUCUAAGGACUAAAUUUUGAACACUGCUUCUUGCUACUGUCUCAUGCGUGUCUCUCUGGUAAGUGGUGCUCCAAGCACAACUGAUCACAAGUAUAUGAUGGCACCUCUAAAGAAAAAGUUGUUGUGAUAAGGUUGAGUUAUUGAUGUGGGUGGGUGUCACCCCAAGACAGUGGGGCAGAAAGGUUCUGGAGGUUAUUUAUUCACUUUCUAUUUCCACUUUAUUUUGACAGAUAAGUGUCUCUGAUAAUUUGAAUUUAAAUCUACAUGUGUCAUUAGAAUAGGCUUAUAGAUUUAUGACUUGCAGGUAUGGCUUUUUGUUCUUUGCUGUUGAGUUUACAUACCUUUCUCCCACCUCAUGCUCCAGUUUCUUGCUACUGAUGCCUGUGAAUAUUAUUUUUUAAAUGCUGUUUUGUUAUCUUCUCAAAUUGUGCUCCUAAAUAAUUUUAGUUUAUCUUCAUGUCUUAUGUAUUUAGUCUUCUGCCUUUCCCCUUCUCCAUUGUUGAAUGAAUAAAGAUACGAAAAUGAA